AUGGGCGAUCGCGAUCCCAUCACCUGCCAUGUCCUCAACAUAUACGACGGAGCCCCUGCCGCAGGACUAUCCUGCUCGCUCACCUUGAUCCACGCCGACGCCUCGAGCACCUCAAGCACCCAAGGACCACCCCCAUCCAUUUUCUAUGGAACUACUGACGCUGACGGGCGCGUGAAAAAAUGGAGGCCCUCCUCUGCGUCUCCAGCAUCGCUCUCAGAGGUUGUGGCGUCUCUUCCCAACCAAGCGGGCUCUGGAGAAGGUUCCUCUGCGCGAUCGACCUGGAGCAUCCGAUUGAUGAAUGUGGCAGAGUGGUACAAGCAGCGAGGAGUGGCAUCCCUUUGGCCGGAAGUGGAAGUUAAAUUCAUGGUGGAAGGGAGAGAAGGAGAAGAAGGCUGGAGACAUUAUCAUGUACCCGUGCUACUUGGGCCAUUCAGCUACUCGACGUACCGCGGAUCGUAG